AUGGAAGAUCCAAUAACAAGAUUUUAUAAAUGUCGAAAAACUUGUUGUGAAAUGUUGGAGGAUAGGGGUUAUAUUAUAACUCCACGAGAAAAACUUGAAAACUUUUCAUCUUUUAAAGAAAUGUUUGAAGAUAAUGAUAGACAACGAUCUAAAAUGGGUAUUAGUACUAGUCAUAAAAACGAUGCAAACAAUAGAAUUAUAGUUUACUUUGCAGAUGAAGUUAAAAAAACAGGGGUUAAACCAUUAAGGGAAUUAACCGAAAGGAUGGAAGAAAAAUCUAUUCAACGUGCUAUUCUUGUAACACAAAAUAUAUUAACACCUUUUGCUAGAGAUGCCAUUAAGGAAGCAGCCCCAAGACAUAUUAUAGAAAACUUUUUAGAUACUGAAUUAUUGGUUAAUAUAACAAAGCACGAAUUAGUCCCAAGGCAUAUUCCUCUAACAAGCGAUGAAAAAAAAAACUUGCUUCAAAGAUAUAAGAUUAUGGAAAAUAAAUUACCGAGAAUUCAAGAUGUCGACCCUGUAUGUCGAUAUUUUGGAUUAUCAAAAGGACAGGUUGUUAAAAUUAUUAGGCCUAGUGAAACGGCAGGAAGAUAUGUUACCUACCGAUUGGUUGUGUAA